UCGACGAUGCCGCGACUUAACCCUAACUUAAGUUUUCGAAAUCGACAUGCGUUCGUGCAUCCUGAGGAAUCUCUUAAGUGUACGACAAUUGUUCCGUGAAGCUCCUGGAAGUCAUACAUCACGAUCGUUAACGUAUUCAUGGUUAAAACUGACGAGGAGGUUCUCGAAUGACAUGGGAAACGACGACUACGAGGACAAAAAAGAUGACACGAGCAAGAACACCGGUUAUAACCUUACUGGUGCUAUGAAUAUAAAAUACAAAGUAUUUCACGAUAAAGACGCUGACAUUAUUCUUGAUGUGAGCGAGGAGCAGCAAAAGAUCCUCCUCGAGGACUUGAACAAGCAGGAGGAGAAAGUUCAUGAUCCUUACGCCGAUAUAAAUCUGGAGCAUGGUGUUACUGGAGUAUUCGACAUCGAUCAACUUGUUGAGUUAUUAGAAAGAGAUAAGGCCAAGAAUAUCUUUGUCGCUUCCGUUCCCAAGGAGUAUGCUUACGUGGAUUACAUCGUUGUUGUGACUGGAAAUUCACAAAAGCACAUAAAUGCUUUGGCCACUUUUAUACGCAAGGUUUACAAACUGAAAAGAUAUCAAAAUGAGUUGAUACCUAAAAUCGAGGGGGAGAAAUCAAAGGAUUGGAUGGCCUUGGAUUUAGGAAAUAUCGCUCUGCAUAUUUUAUCUGGUUCUGCUAGAGAACAUUUCGACUUGGAGACUUUAUGGACUGUCGGAAAUAUCGCUCUGCAUAUUUUAUCUGGUUCUGCUAGAGAACAUUUCGACUUGGAGACUUUAUGGACUGUCGGUUCGCAAUAUGAUGAUAAAACUAAUACAUCUAGAGAAUCGAGCAUUAUGGAUCAGUAUAAUGUCUUCUUAGCUGAUCUCCAACCAGCCGAUAAUGUUCAAUGAUUUGCAUUGCGUAUACUUUAAUGUAAAAAUUCUA